ACAGACUUAGCGCCGGCUGUCAGCCAGAUGCCCCCCCUCCAGUCCGUGGGGGGCAGCCGGAUGCCGCGUCGGCUUACCGUCGCACCGUCGCGCAGUGGCGAAGAUGCGCACCGAUUCGGACGGCUCGGAACAAGUAUGCUCUGCAAUUCAAGGGACGCGGAUUUGACUGGUGCCCUCGGACGUCAACCCGAUGCCUAUAUGCACUGUUGCAUUGCGAAGCGGACGAAGGAGCACGUGGUAACUACGAGUAGUAUGUAAACAGCCUGGCAACCACUACACAUGUACUAGGUCCGCAGUAAGCCCGCUGCAUAAGACACCACCAGACCCACUCACUCACCUUGUGCCGCGAUCCCGUCCUUGGGUCUGUCAGAGGAGAGCAUAAAAUGGAAGAGAAUACGCCCCUGUCGGUGCAUGUCAAGAUAACCGUAGACCCCGCCAAGUCCGAGGCCUUUCUCGCCGUCCUGCGCCCGCUCUUCGAAAAGGUGACGGCAGAGCCCCUCAAUAUUUUCUGCGAGGUGUACCGCGACGAGAAGAAUCCCGGCGUGUUCCGCAUUGUCGAGAACUGGAACGCCAGUCUGGAUUACAUGAUGAAUGUGCAGGUGAAAAAGGACUACUACAAACCCUAUCGCGAGGCAACCGAGUCGUUGUUCAUCAAGCCGCAAGAGGCCGAGAUUCUAAGUCGGAUGCCCGGUACAGACUGGGCAAGUGCCAAGAGGGAGUUCUACCCAGAAAGGGGUUGAUACAUGAUAGUGAUAGGGUCCAACAGGGAAUAUACAUUCUGCUAUGUGUAGCGCAGCAAUGCUAGAGGGGCGAUUAGGACCGCGCCUUCUAUAGUAU